AUGAACGUGAUAGCCACUGCAUUCCGUGACGCUUCAAGGUUGUCCUUAUUGUAUGCAGCGAAGCAUGGUAACGAAACCGUGAUUAGGCUACUGCUGCUCCAGGACGCCCCCGUAGAUCAAUUCUCUAAAAAUCAGCGGACACCGCUAUCAUACGCGGCCGCGGGAGGGCAUGAGAUAGUAGCAAAGCUGCUACUUGAAGCCGGUGCGGACCCGAACUCCCAUGAUACACGCGGAUUGACACCACUAUCACACGCGGCCUUGAACGGGCAUGAGGCGGCUGUAAAGCUGCUACUCGAGAAAGACUGUGGACCGGACUCUAGGUGUAAGCUCGCACGGACACCACGGUCAUACACGGCAGAGAAAGGGCAUGACACUGUGGUCAAGCUACUACCUGAGAAAGGCGCUGAACCGGACUUGAACGAUAUCCUCGGACGAACGCCACUACCAUAUGCGGCCAAGCAAGGACAUAAAGCAAUGAUUAGGCUGCUGCUUGCGCAUGGUGCCGAACUAGAUGCAAAGGCUAGUAGACCCUGCUAUUUCAGUGUCCGCGACUUCAUAGAAGCAGCUGAGAUACUCCAUUUGGAUCAAUUGGGGAUGGAUGAGCCGCGGACACUGCUAUCGUACGCUGCGCAGGGAGGCCAUGAAGCAGUGGCUCGGCAUUUGAUUGGCCAUGGCGCUGAGCGAGGUUUAGAAAGUGCAUUCGGACGAAGUCGGCUAUCGGAUGUCACACAGGAGGAGUAUGAGGGGAUGAUACAGACGCUUCCUCCCUUUGGGUACGAGACACUGUCAGGCAAAAAUAUCUUCCGGCUUGUGAGAAUUUCCCCAGGCUUCGACGGCCCCUUAGAAUGCUUUCUGGGAGAUUAUACGCUGUCUAGCGACAUACAUCGUCCGUGUUGGUCUAGCAGCCGUUAUCCUCACUAUAAAGCCCUUUCCUACACCUGGGGUGUCUCAAACCGAAAGAGCUGGAUUCUUCUGAAUGGAGCCACCUUCCCGGUGACACAGGACCUUUACGAAGCUUUGCAACAACUUCGAUCCUCGGACUAUGGUUAUACCCUCUGGUGGAUUGAUCUAAUUUGCAUUAACCAGAAUGACAUAUCGGAGCGAUACCAACAGGUGUCGAUGAUGAAGGACAUAUUCAGCAUGGCCAGUGAGGUGGUAGUAUGGCUGGGUAAAGACACGCCAUUACCGACAGAAAAGGAAAUCAAUUACUUGCCAUCUCUCGAGGAUGACGAUUUGAUGCGUAUUGUAUCAGCGCCAUACUGGUCUCGCGUUUAG